AUGGAGAAUAUGUUUAGACUCAUGGGAAGUGAAGAAUAUUUCUCAGACCGUCGGUGUAUUUGGGUCAACGGUCCGGUUAUCGUAGGAGCCGGUCCGUCCGGUUUAGCAACAGCAGCUUGUCUUCGUGAUCAAGGAGUCCCAUUCGUUGUGGUCGAGAGAUCAGAUUGCAUAGCUUCACUAUGGCAAAGACGAACCUACGAUAGGCUCAAGCUUCACUUACCUAAAAAAUUCUGCCAAUUACCGAAAAUGCCCUUCCCUGAUCACUACCCUGAAUACCCAACAAAACGACAGUUCAUCGAUUACCUUGAGUCAUACGCAAACCGGUUCGAUAUCAAACCGGAGUUCAAUAGAUGCGUUGAGUCUGCUCGGUUUGAUCAAACCAGCGGUCUAUGGCGGGUUAGGACGACCUCGACGGUGGCCGGAGAGGAGAUGGAAUAUAUUUGCCGGUGGUUGGUGGUUGCGACGGGAGAAAACGCCGAGCGUGUUGUACCGGAGAUUGAUGGGCUUAAAACGGAGUUUGACGGUGAAGUGAUUCACGCUUGUGAGUACAAGUCCGGCGAGAGAUACAGAGGAAAGAGAGUUCUUGUCGUCGGAUGUGGAAACUCCGGCAUGGAAGUCUCUCUUGAUCUUGCUAAUCAUAAUGCUAUUGCUUCCAUGGUCGUUCGAAGCUCGGUUCAUGUGUUACCAAGGGAAAUUCUUGGGAAAUCAACAUUUGGAAUCUCAGUGAUGAUGAUGAAAUGGUUACCUCUAUGGCUCGUAGACAAGCUUUUGUUGAUCUUAUCAUGGCUAGUUCUAGGGAGCUUAUCAAAGUAUGGGCUCAAAAGACCCAACAUAGGCCCAAUGGAGCUCAAAAGCAUGACCGGAAAGACACCGGUUCUAGACAUCGGUGCUCUGGAGAAGAUAAAAUCCGGCGAAGUAGAAAUCGUCCCUGCAAUCAAACGAUUCUCGCAUUGCCACGUGGAGCUCGUAGAUGGUCAGAAGCUAGAUAUCGACGCCGUGGUUCUCGCCACCGGUUACCGUAGCAACGUCCCUUCUUGGCUUCAGGAAAGUGAAUUCUUUUCGAAGAAUGGAUUCCCGAAAUCGCCGUUUCCAAACGCUUGGAAAGGGAAAUCGGGUUUAUACGCGGCCGGAUUCACGAGAAAAGGAUUGGCAGGAGCAUCAGCAGACGCCGUGAACAUCGCUCAAGACAUUGGAAGUGUGUGGAGAGAAGAGACCAAACGACAAAAGAUUAGAAGAAAUGUAGGUCACCGAAGAUGUAUCUCAGUUGCUUAA